AUGAGCGCAUCGAGCUCCAUCUCGCCCUCGGCAUCGCACCUCGGCGCGGACCCCAAGAUCGUACGUCGACUCUCCAGCGUAUCGCACAUCAUCCUCGUGCUCUCCGGCAAAGGUGGAGUUGGAAAAUCCUCCGUCUCGGCGCAACUGGCGUUAUCGCUCUCCUCCUCGCCCUCCCCUGCAGACUCUGAUCGGAAUGCUCGCGUCGGGAUCCUCGAUAUCGAUCUUACCGGGCCGUCGAUCCCCCGCAUGCUCGGGCUCGACGGUUCCUCUGUCAAGCAGUCCACCGAUGGAUGGGUACCUGUCUACACCGAUGCUUCCCAACACCUUGCUGUUAUGUCCGUCGGGUUUUUGCUUCGCAGCAAGAACGAUUCCGUCGUCUGGAGAGGUCCCAAGAAGAACGCCAUGAUCAAACAGUUCCUCGGCGACGUACGGUGGGGCGAACUGGAUUACCUCAUCAUCGACACCCCUCCAGGCACCUCGGACGAACACAUCUCCAUCCUCGAGUAUCUCAGAACGUUCAACCCUACAGCGGUCAUGGUGACCACACCUCAGGCUGUAUCCUUGGCGGAUAACUUGAGAAGUCUGGAUUUCUGCAGAAAGACAAACUUGCCCGUGUUGGGGUUGAUAGAGAACAUGUCCGGGUACAUCUGUCCUCAUUGCAAGGACUGCACCAACGUCUGGGGCAAAGGUGGAGGCGAAGCGUUAGCCAAGAGGGAAGGAUUGAGGUUUUUGGGUCGGAUCCCCAUCGAUCCUGGUCUGGUGAGAGUGUUGGAUGAUGCCAAGGAGGAUGCUCAGCACGAGCUGGAGAAGCAGCUGGACGGAACGAGGUUGAGUACAACAGAGCCUGUCACCAUCGAUCAGCCUCUGCCGCAAGAAGGCCAAGCAGCCGAGAGCAAGGAGACCGAGGAUAAAAAGUCAGCCACUCCAGCAGGCACAAUCUUGUCGAGAACAACGAUCCAGAGGUACAAGAGCAGUCUCACUUUCCCCAUCUUUCAAGAGAUCACCGAUCAGAUCAGGACGCUGGCCCACCAACAUAGGUUGCAUCCUCAGCCGAGUGGAGUGCUGUCGUCGUCGGAGUCGUAG